UCUCUCUCUCUUCUCUCCCCCUUUCCCCGCCGUUGCCGCCUCCGACACCGCGCCGCCCGUAGCUGCUGCCCUCGUCGAGCUACAGCUGCCUCUGCGGGAUUCCCCUGUUGGUGCCCGAUUCCCUCACCUUCCUCGCGUCCUCAGGGUCCGAGGGCGCGGCGCGGUGACUGCGGCCCGCGGUCCUGGCGCACGCCCCCACCGCGGCCGUCCGCUACCUCGCCGCCGGCAACGAGGUGCUGACGUGCUAUACGGCGACCGGUCCUACGUGCCUAGCCUCGUCCUCUCCAUGCGGUACCUGCACGGCGCGCUCGCCGCAAUGGGGUUCCGGGGGAGCGUCAAGGUCUCCUCCGCGCACGCCUCUUCCGUGCUUGCCACGCCGCCGGCCCUCGUGGUGCCGUCACCCUCAAGCUCGCUGCUCCUCGUCGCCGCAGCCCGCUUCCCGCUGAGUCUGCACAGCGUGCUAUUAGGCGACGACGCGGCGAGCUCCUCGUCCUCGCAGCUGCCCCUCCGGGCCUCCCCUGCCGGCGCUUGGUUCACCUCAAACCCGCGCAAGAAUGGCAUCUCGUGGCCCGGGCACGCCGUCGCUCACGCAGCAUCUGCUGCACCAGACCGCCGCCGCGGGGGCGCCCCAAAGAUUUUCGGCACGGCCUUGACGUCGAAUCCCAGGUGGUGCGGCUGCUGCUGGUGGUGGUGGUGGUGCUGCGGAGCCCAUCUCGCCGGCGCCGACUGCUGCGGCCGGUGCUGCGGCGACGGGGACUUUUGGUGGUGUUGCUGCUGCUCGUGGAAGACGACCCCGCUGCUGCCGUACGCGUGCGCUGAGGCCUCCAGGCCGGCCUUGUUCAGAGCCUUCACUGAUUCCGGACAGGGGAAGGCGGAAUCAGCCCAGAGGCGGGUCAUUCCGGAGGAGUGAGGAGUGAGGCGGCGGCGGACGAGAGCCCGGUUACCGAUGUGGGACUGGGAGACGGUGGCGGGGUAGUGCUCGACGAUGAUUGUGCAGGUUGUGUGUUGCCUGCCGCCGGCAUGGUAGCAGGUCAGCUCCCCGUUGCUUUCCUCUAUCUUUCCUUGUGGAUUUUGCUCUGUAUAUUGCUAGGAUCUGGUGAGAUAAUAUCCGCUUGGUUAGGGAACCAGUUACCAACUGAAAAGGAGGAUCUUUUUUCAGGUAGACCUUUACAAGUUUAGAUUUGGAAUAAUUAGGUGUUCUCAAUCUCAAUAAUGGAGGGAGCCGUAAGUAUAAGUUCUUUGGGAGUUGAUUACAGGAAUUUAAUUUCCUUUCGUUUAUCCUCUGUUUGUGGUUUUCUUUGUAAGGAGUCAGAAGAGAUAAGCUAGCACCUACCAAUCCAUUCUUUUAAAUGUGGGAAACUGGUCUGAUGUCUCGUACUUUUUCUGAAAUAGAAAUACACCUUUUGAAGCAGUAUUGAGCAGAGGGCUGGGCUGAUCCUUUUUUAUAUAUAUUUAAGUUACAAUGUACUGCAAUAGUAAGAUUCUUGAUAUAUAAACUUAAUUUAGAAUAAGGGCUCACUGUUCAGGGUUGUGAACUAGCUGAACUGGAACCAGGAGACUGAAAUUAGAAACUGAUAUUUGACUUUUCUUUUUCUAGCUAAAACAGGCAGUUCCAUCCAUGGAACCCUGAUUGAUCCUUUUUCAAGAUGAUCUGCAAGACUGUGAAUAGGAUAAGCAUAUGGAGGAGUCGAGGAGAUCCAAAUGUGCCAUUGUCUAUUUUAUUGUAGUGUUAUGUGUUCUUCAAUUACUCUUAAGGAAAAACUUCAAACAAGGAUUACUGCUAAAACUAGGGGAUGAUUGGUAUCUAGCAGAACAUCUAUUUCUGUUUAUAGUCAAUUAUUCCCGGAAAAGUUGAGGUAGGCUACAGAUGAAAUCCAAUAGAGUAAAAGAAGUAUUAAGGUGCUAAGGAUAUCAAUAUUGAGGUAUGGGCCACUUUGGACUUUUCAUUUUAAAUAAAUCUUGUAACUAUAUUGACUACAUUUCCUAAGGAAAAUGAAGAAUGCAUUUAUGAUUUUUUAUUUCUAUAUGGAAUUAGUUAUCAAUAAUACAUAUUUUUAAAAUAAUCCUUGUUGCCAGACUGCUUGGUAAUAACUUCAUUCUAUUUUUUUGUUUCUGUAUUUUUUUCCAUCCAUGGAACUGAUUUGAGUUUGGCUGGCUUCCUGUUUUCUCAUAUCUGUGUGCACCUCUCAUCAAGUAAACAUACAAGUUUGCCAAUAAACAAUGAUCUGUUUGUUUCAGGACCUGUUAUUAAUUCUUAUGUUCCUUUCAGGACCAAUUCUUAUGUUCACAUGAGAGGAAAGAGAUUCUUUGAUAGAAGAAAACGCAAAUCAAGCUAGAAAAUAUGCAGUUUUUCAUCCUCAUUCUGAUAAGGCUCUACAGGCAGGGCACAACGGAAGACACGGGCAAAUUAGUCUAAGGAUCAACCUGCUACAUGCCUACUGGACUUCAUUUGUAGCUACUUUGUAUCUUCUUCAUUAGUACUUGAUACUGUCAGUGGACCAUGACACUUCAUGUUCCCUUCUACAUCUGGGGAGCAAAUUGACAAAACAUUAGAGAACGGUGGUCAUGCAGAAAAUGGAAGUGAUAAUUUAAUUCUUGAAAGGAUGGUAAAAAGAAAUGAAGAAUCCGAACUUCUAAUUGAGAAUCUCAAGGAAGAGCUUCAAGAACAAAAGUUAAAGGCAAAAGAGGAUGCUGAAGAUCUCACCCAAGAAAUGGCUGUACUAAGAUACCAGAUAACGGGCAUGCUUAACGAAGAAUACAAGCGUCGAUCUUGCAUUGAACAGGCAGCUAUUCAACAUAUUAAGGAGCUGGAGACUCAGAUUUGCAAAGAGAAGAUAAAAUUGAGUGGGGCACUUAGGCGAUUGCAGGAAUCACGUGAACAAGCUCACAAACAAGCUAUGGAGAUUAAGAAGUUGAAGGAUGCUUUAGAGUGAACCUAGGAACAGUUUGCAAGUCGUGCUCUUGCGGGUUCUGCGCAAUGUUGAUAGAGUUGUCUAAUUGCUCGAUUGAUGGGCCAUCAGAUGCCAGACCUGCCAAAUCCAACCGCAUUGAUGAGGAGUUACAGAACCAAGCGCUAAUAGAAUGGCAUCCUGAUGAAGCUUCAAAGACGACGGUGGGUUGGAAGUUAGAUCGUGCAAUGGCAUCAUGUACAUUUGAGUGUGCGAUCGACCAAUUGUUGUAGAUAAUUCUUUGCAUUCGCCACUGCUGCCUGUAAAUGCAUAUGCAUUUUGUUACCUUAGCUGUUCAAUUUCCCAGAGUAAGCUUCCAAUGGAAGUUAAGCUCCAGAUGGAGUAAAACAUUCAUCCUACGGACGGCAUGGCUACUGGUCAAGAACACUUUUUUUACUACAGUCGUACAUGCUCUUAGUUUUUUCUUUCUAAAUUAUGUACAUGCUCUUAGUUUAGAGGGGGAAAUGACAUUAGGUGCCUCUAUUUAUUAGUUGUACUCCCUCCGUCUCAAAUUGUUAGUUGUUUUGGUUGUUAUGCAUACUUAGGCUCAUGCACAAAGUGUAAAUAUACGAAUCUUGUACAAGGAGACUUAGUCAUACAGUACCAGAACUGUUUGUUGU